AUGAAUAAAGGUUGGGAAGUUGAUGAAGAUUAAACUUUAGAUCAUUUUCUAUCUCUUACUGAGAGUUUAGUUAUUAAGAAUUAAGUAGUUGAAAAACCUAAUAUCUAAGCAAAAAUUUCUCCAAAAACAUAAAUGCGAUUUAGAACAAUGUCGAUGCCAAAAGUAGAGGAGUUUAUUGAACCAAAGAAAGAAAUAGUGCAACAAAUCUAGGAUAUUUAAAUUAAACAAUAGUCAAUAUUUAGACAGAAUAUUAAAUAAUAAAGACCACUGGAUUCUCGAAUAUCUAUACGAUCAACAGUCUUUUAGAAUCCAAUUGAAUAAGAAUCACCAAUCAAGAAUGGAAGAACUUUAUAACCAAGAUUAUUCAAUCCUUUAUUAAGAGAGUAAUAAUAUAAACUUGGUCUAUCUCGAAAACUUAAAAGUAUGAACAAUAUCUUUAAUGAUGAACGUAUAACCUAAAAGCGUGAUUUCAAUUAUUUAAAAUAAUAGAGAUCUAAUAUUCUUUAAGUAGCUCUCUCAAAAUGA